GGAGAUUCCAGUAGUGCUGGCCAUGUCCAGCUCGACCUGAGAAAAAUUACAUGGGCAACCAGGCCAACCAGCCACACCAAACGCAAAAGCAACAGCUAAGGCAAAAGCAAAAGCAAUUCAUUAAAUCGAGAACAGAAAAAAUGCAUCAAAGCUGGUUAAAAUGAGCGAGAAACCCAGUGACAAAAGUGGGAAAAAAACUAUUGAAAAAGUAACCGCAUUAGAGGAUGCAGAAGCGUCCGAAACCGGAUGCGAAGCGCAUGACGGGACCGGGACUGGGACCGGGGCCGGCCAAGCCGCCGCGUCUGAAGGCCGCUGCCAAAAAGCAGUUGCAGUUCGAGAGUCCGUUGCCACGUCGGACACGCGGCCAGGAGCCCCAGAAGCAGUCAGAGAAAGUCAUUGCUAUGCCGGACAGCAGCCAGGAUGCGGACACGGAUGCGGCAGCGGAAGCAGCAGUGGACGUGCCAGAAACAGGGCUGCUCUCACGGCCGGACUCGACUCCGCAUUCAGUGUCCGUGGCAGGUCCUGGCCAGCGAACAAAAAAGCGUCUCGCCGAGGGCUGCACCAGUCUCAUGUACGCCUGCCAGCAGGGUGACAUUGUCCAAGUGUUGGCCCAAAUACGCGCCAAGCCCCAACUGCUGCGGCAACGGGACCGCAGCCAUCGCAACGCGCUGCACUAUUGUGCCGCGCAGGACGUGGAGCAGAGCAGAGACCUCGUGGCGGCCGCCAGCAUUGCCAUAGCAGCUCCCGAGCUGCUCGAGUCCGCCGACGAGGAUGGCUUCACGCCACUCCACCUGGCCGUUAUCCAGGGCAACCUGGCCAUGGUCAACCUGCUCCUGGCCAACAAGGCGGACGUGAAUGCGGUGGACAAUGAGGGGCACUCGGUGGUGCACUGGGCAACGGUUUGUGGUGAGGUGGAGUCCUUGCGUGCCGUCCUGGCAGCAGGAGCCAGUGUAGCCAAGCCGGAUGCUAAUGGCGGCACUCCCCUACACUAUGCCGCUCAAAUGUGUGGCGCCACUCAUGACAGCAAGCAGCAGGCUUCUUCCACUGCCAGCACCAAGUUGUCCCUGGAGAUCCUGGGCAUCUUGCUGGCCCAUCCACAAAGCAGCGUGGAUGUUCAGGACAAAGACGGACGCCAGCCCCUACUCUGGGCAGCUUCAGCCGGUUCUGCAAAGGCUGUGAUAGCCUUAGUCAAAGCUGGAGCCCGUGUGGAGUCUUCUGACAAGGACGGUCUUACUGCCUUGCAUUGUGCUGGUUCCCGGGGCCACACCGAGUGCAUCGAUACCCUUAUUGGUUUGUGCGGCGCCCCAACGGAUCUCAUCGACUCCAAUGGGUGUACAGCUCUCCAUUAUGCCGUAACCCUGGGCCAUGCCGAUGCCACGGCCAGAUUAUUGGACUUGGAAGCGGAUCCCAACCGACAGGAUCGAAAGGGUCGCACUCCCGCUCACUGCGGCUGCUCCAAGGGACAGUUCGAAACCCUAAAGCUGCUGAAAGAGAGCGGCGCCAAUCUGUGGCUGAGGAAUGCCAAGGGGGAUUUGCCGCUCCAUGAAGCGGCCGCCUCGGGGCGACGGGAGCUGGUGGAGUGGCUGCUGAGCCAACGGCCCAAACAGGUCAAUACCACCAGCAAUGACGGACGCAGCCUGUUGCACAUUGCGGCGGCAAAUGAUUACACGGAUAUGUGCAAGCUGCUGCUGGAUUACGGCGCUGAUGUCAACGCCGUGUAUCGCAAUUCCCGAGGGAUAGUUUUGACGCCCCUGGACGGAGCUCUGCAGCGUGGCCACCGGUCUACCGCGAAGUUCCUGCAGGCCAACGGCGGCCAGCCUUCCAAUAAAGUCCGGCUGAGCAGCCGGAGAACGGGGAAUCCUUUCCACGAGACAAACGCCGCGGACUUGGUGAGACCUUUGAAGUAUGUGGAGAAGGAAGAGCUCCACGAUCUGCGCAGCUCCAAGAAGUAUGUCGUGUAUCUCAAGCGUUCCGAUUCGGACAAUGGCAAUGCCAAUGGGGAUCCGGAGGCGGACUGCAGUUGCUCGGAGCAGACCUACCGCAAGGAACAGCGUCUGCGGCAUGUCUGCCGGCGGCACAAGCGUCGCCAGUUGAGGAGGCGCACCAGCAGCUGUGGGGAGUCCAAGCACGAGCGGUGCAGUGAGAUUUGUCGUUCCAAGAGUAACAUAGAGAUUCGGAGGCGCAAGUCCAGGGAGAGAUAUGCCAGCUCCACCGAGUGGGAGGAGGAGGAGGACGACGCGGACGAGGACUCGUGCGAAAACUGUUGCUAUCACAAGAGGCAAAAGGAGCGGGUGGUUUCCCGGAAGCGCUCCACUUCUUCCAGAAAGUCAAAAGACCGUCCGGAUAGUGAUGUCGAGGACGAGAAGAGGAAUCACACCGCCCACUCCUCCCCAGAAAAGGAGGCAAGGAAACCCUUAACCGCCAAUGGGGAUUUGGCGAAUCAGUCUAAUGUGAAGGAACGACCUCAAUCCGCCAGUAGGCCGCCCACCAAGGAGGGAACUUUUAUUAAAUCGCCUCCAGAGAGUGGCAAGGUGGAAAAUUCCAGCGUCGUUGAAACCCUCCAAGUAGAGGAAUCGCAUGCCGUAGAGCUUACUGAUGAAGAGCCGGAGGCAACGGCUCAGUCCGUGGUCACACAGGUUGAUGUCCACCACGAUGCGGAGGCCAACACAUCAAAAUCCUCACAAGAACUAGGCUCUGUGGAUGAGAAGGCGUCCGAGAACGAGAAGGAGCAGGUCAGUGAGACGCAACAGGAUCAGGAAGCCAAGCUGCAGCUGAGCGAGGAGGAGACCCAGCAGGUAUCCAAGGAAGUGGAGCAAAUGAUAAAAAUAGCAGCCACCGCCUUGAGCAGCGAAUCCAAGAGUUCAGUGGAGGAGCCAUCAGCGGAGCAGUCGAAUCCAGAAGUAAACGAAGCUCCGGCAAAAACACCAGAAGUGCCUAAAAAAGAUGUUAAGGAAUCCAGUGAACCCAAAACCCCAGAGGCUGCCCCAGUCGUACCUGCUGCCAAGCCACCAACGGCCCCCGAGGAGGAGGCUGCCAAGCCACAGGCAGCCGCAGAGAAGCCACAGCCGAAUAAGUCCACUGCCGGCGGAGGGUUAGAGACGGAGCCUUCAAAACCAGCCUCGGCUGGCAAAAAACGCGAACAGAUGGAGCAGGCGAAUUCCAAGCCCACUACAAGCACUACCCCCACCCCGACCUCUAACCCUCCCCCAUCUACAGCUCCUCCUAACCCAGCUCCUUCGCCCGCCGCAGAGCCUAAAAAACCGCCAACCGCACCCCAGCCACGCCCUCCUCCCCCGCCCAGCCAAGAGCAGCCGCAACGGGAGCAGGAAUCCAGGCGCUCCUUCACACUUCUGCCCUCCGAUUCGGCGGACGAUGACCCAGUUGCACAGCCAAGUCCAGGAGCAGGCGCCUCCAAUGAUCCGGCCACUGAGCGAAAAUCGAGCUUCCAAGUGCUGAAGAGCGACGACUCUCUGGGCGAGUUGGAUGCGGAUGCUUCCAAGCGCCAGCCGGGUCGGAACACAAAUAAAGUCUUUCAGGUGGUGAGCGAGGGAAACGCCCCCAGCCAGCUGCCCAGUGCCUCGGAGCUGGAGAAGAUGGACUACGAGUACGAGGAGUUCGACGACGAUGAGUACGACGAGGACGACGCAGAUGGCAUUGAUCCGGAGCACGACAGCGCCUUGCGUCGUUUCCUUAGUAGCGGCAAUCGACAUGGAGUGGGCAACCCGGGAGCUGGAGGUGUAGGAGCCGCAGCUGGAGAUGGAGACACUUCCGAGGGCCUAGCUAAUGGCCGGAAACGUCGCCUCAAGAAACGAGUGCGUAGCGGCAACAAGACGCGCAGCAAUUGGAAAAAUGCCCAAGAGACCCGCGACGGCCCAGGAGCCCUGGCCACCAGCAAGGAUCAGGAUUCGGGCUUCGAACCCAGUCCGCGGGCUGAGCGUAGCAAGAUUCCCACACUGCGAUCCGCCCACACAGCCAUGCCACGGCGACCCAUCUACGCCACACUGGACGGGCGUUCGUGCAGCAGUCGGCUGGAAAACCGCAAGCCCGGCGACAAGGGAGCCUGUGACAUGGGCGCCGUGACGCGUUCCAUUCAGCGAAAUAUUCGGAGAUACUACAUGGAACGAAAGAUCUUCCAGCACCUACUCGAGCUAAAAUCUCUGCAGAUCCGCUCCAGCAAGCUCAACGAGGCCGUGCUGGUGAAGCGUGCUGUCGAGGAUUAUCACAAGUCCUGCGUCCUGUUGGGCAGUGAGACGGGCACUCGUCUUCGGCGUUACAACUUCACCGAGUACACGUUCAAGAACUUUGAGUUGUUUCUCUACGAGACCCUUAAAGGACUGCAACGGCCCGGCACCAAUAACUUCCAGAACAUCAAUGAGGUGUACGAGGAGGCGGAGCGGCGCUUGAGUCCGGACUACAAUGCCUACGAGAAAGCCUUGCAAUGCACCACCAAGACGCACCGCUGUCUUCAUGCCGCACAUGCCUACACGGGUAUCCCCUGCGCCGCCUAUAUUCCCAUGAUGAAUCAUCACACGAUGCCAAAGUUCGGCUUUGGCCCUUACAAGAAGACCGGCAGUGUGAGCAGCUUCUUCCUGCCCAAAAUCCUGACCAGCGGUCGUGCCUCCAGUGGACGGGUGGGCGGCAUGGGUAGUGCCGGCGGCGGCGGAGGUGGCAGCCGUUGCAACCACAAAGUGGCACUGGAGCUAUCGCACGGCAAGAACAAACAGCUAAUUUCACUGCCGGCGGAAAAGUUGGACAGCAAUAAACGGUAUUACGUGACGUUUACCGUCAAGGACUCCUCGGGGCAGGGCAGCGCCAUCGAAUCGCACCGACCAGCAGCAUUCCAGCGGUGUGGCAGUGCCGCGGGCGACCCGAGCGGCAAGUAGCUUGCGUCGUAUACGUAAUAUAACGUAUACGCACCGUAUGCACCACAACCAUCGUCAUAAGGCAUACCCUUCACCGGCCGGAGCUCCUGCCCUUUGUCCUCAUCCCUUUGAUGCUGCUGCUGCUGCUCCAAAUGCAUUAAAACAAUGCCAUGGCAACAUUUUGUGUCGCUGCUACUGCUGCUGCUUCUGGAUCUGUAGUUGCCUUGUUGUG